AUGGAUGCAAAUUUCGAGCUUAAAAAGAAGAAAAUUCGUCGAAUUUUAAGAAAACUAAAUAAGGAAAAGCAGUCGAGAAAUGUUUUUGAUGAUGCCAGAAAUGAUCUCGCAUAUCGUCAACAUGUUAAAAUGGUUCAAAAUAUUGAGAAAAAGGUCGACAAUGAUCCCCCCAUAAUCUCACCAAUAGUUUUUUUCCCGAAACACAAAUUCAAAAGUUCUCAGACUGAAAUGGAGUUUAGGAUGCGAAGAAACAUGAAUCUUGUUAAUGCUUUCAAUAGGAUUCAUCGUGGAAGGGGAAAAGUUGACUGCCACAACACAAUACCGCCUAGAAAAAAUAUUGAAAUGCAAGAAAAACUUGCUACGCUUGAAUUCAUUGACAAGUCAAAUAAAGUCAUUGCGAAUAAUUUGAAGAAAGUUCAACCGACGCUUGAUUCAAAUAAACGUGACUUAAGCAAAAUUUGGGAACUUAUUCACCGACCAGCAAUUAUUAAAAGCACUAAAUAUCCGAUUGUCGUCGACUCUCUAUUGACGAGUGAUUUUGAUAUUUGUCUUGAAGAUCCACCCGAUGUUAAAGAAUACGAGAAACUUCCAAAAGUGUAUUUUGUUUUUGCUGACAAAAACAACCACAUUGGUCGCAUCAAUGUCAUGCUUUAUUCUAAACAUCAACCUGAAAUCGUAAAUCAAGUUAUAAGACUUUGUCGGAAUCGUGAUACCAAAAAUACUUUCAAGAGUUCGUUGAUUUAUAAAAUCAUCAAGGAUCUGCUUAUUGAAUCUGACGAGAUUAACUUUGAAAAUGAACUUUAUUAUGAUGAAAGUUCAGUGAUAAAUGUUCAUGGUGAGAAACAAAAGCAGAAACGACGUCAUUUCGGAAGCAUCAUCUCUUCCAUGAAGAAAGGAAAUUCAAUCAGCUUUAAAUUUUCAAUCAGCUUAAAGGAAUCUGAAACACCUGAAGGAAGUCAGAUCGUGAUUGGGCGAGUCGUCAAAGGUUUAGACGUGCUAAGAGCAUUAAACAGUUUUGGAACAAGCUUUGGUGUGCCAAGGAAACAAAUCUUUAUUGAGGACUGUGGAUGUUUCUAA